UAUUUAUCCUUCUCUCCUGAACUUCACUACAUUCGGCACCUAUAAAGAGCCCACUUCAUUCUAGCUUCUGAUAUAACAAUCUUUUAAAUCGAUAUUUAUUUAAAUCAUGGCCAAUAAAGAACAAGUGGAUGAAGGGAAGAUCCCUCUUCUCACCCCCUACAAAAUGAGUAAAUUUGAGCUUUCUCAUAGAGUUGUAUUGGCACCUCUAACAAGGCAAAGAUCAUAUGGGAAUGUCCCUCAGCCACACGCAAUCUUAUAUUACUCACAAAGAACAACAAAAGGAGGCCUUCUUAUUUCAGAAUCCACUGGAAUUUCCGACACUGCCCAAGGGUAUGCAGAAGCACCAGGUAUAUGGACAAAGGAGCAAGUAGAGGCAUGGAAACCAAUUGUGGAUGCUGUUCAUGCAAAAGGAGGAAUCUUUUUCUGUCAAAUUUGGCAUUGUGGAAGGGUUUCAAACACUGAUUUACAGCCAAAUGGGCAAGCCCCAAUUUCUUCCACAGACAAAAAACUAUUUCCUCAACCACGAAGCAAUGGCAUUGAUGUUGCACAAUUUUCACCUCCAAGGAAGCUGACUAUAGAGGAGAUUCCGCUUGUUGUUAAUGAUUUCAAAGUUGCUGCAAGAAAUGCAAUUGAAGCUGGUUUUGAUGGAGUUGAGAUCUCCGGUGCUCAUGGUUACCUGAUCGAGCAAUUCAUGAAAGACCAAUUAAACGACCGGACUGACCAAUACGGCGGCUCCUUACAAAACCGCUGCCGAUUCGCUCUUGAAAUCGUCGAGGCGAUCGUGAACGAGAUCGGACCGGACCGAGUCGGGAUCCGACUAUCCCCAUUCGCACAGUUCAUGGACGCUAGGGAAUCGAAUCCGGAAGCUUUAGGUCUUUACAUGGCGGAAUCUCUGAAUAAAUAUGGGAUUAACUAUUGUCAUAUGGUGGAACCAAGGUGGAAAGCGGAAGGAAAAACCAGCGACAGUAAGUAUAGUCUUGUCCCAAUGAGAAAAGCGUUCAAGGGGACGUUUAUUUCGGCCGGCGGGUAUGAGAUGAAAGACGGGAAUACGGCGGUGGCGGAGAAUCGGACGGAUCUUGUUGCUUAUGGUCGUUUGUUUUUGGCGAAUCCGGAUCUGCCGAAACGAUUUGAGCUUAGGGCUCCGCUUAAUAAGUAUAAUAGGGUGACGUUUUAUACGUCGGAUCCUGUUAUUGGGUAUACUGAUUACCCGUUUCUUGAGACUAAGGCUUAAGCCCAAUAGCCCAUUCGAGUUUACUGAUGGUAUAAACUAAGAACUUUAUGGAGAGAAAAAAAAAAAAAAAAUGAGAGAUAGUAUGUUGUUAUUUUAGUACUUCAAUCUUAAUUAUUAUGAUCGUUGGAAAAUUGGUAAAUUUGCUGUAGUAAUUGC